ACAUGGUUUUGUAUGCAAGUUUUGUCCUCUGCGCAUGAGAGCUUAUUUCAAAGAAUAUGCUCAUCAUCAUCAUCAUCAUUCUCGGUUUAGCGUCUCGGCUUAACGUCCGUUUAUGCUCGUUUAUGCUUGUGCUAAGGAAGAAAAACAGAAUAUGAAGUUUUAAGAUAAGGAAGAAAAACCGAAUAUGAGUUUUGCUUUUGUGAGAUCGUGUGUGAAAAAAAUAAAAUGAAAACAUAAACUUUAUAUUUUUCAAAAAGUUGAAACUUUAUAUAUAUGUUAAUACAACAUUGUCCAAAUAAAACACAAUUAAUUAUAUGAAAGACAAAUUCUUAGCUACACUUCUAGAAUCAAUAGGAAAUACGCAUUAUAAUGAAAAUUGUUUUUUUUUGUUUGAGAUGAAAAGAAAAAAUUUUUCUGCAUAAGGUCUCUAGAUUCUGGCUAGAAACUCUACAAUCAGAAAGAAAUAUUACAUAUUGUGAUUGAGGAUGGCUAGUGUAAAUGUUGGUACUCUGAGAGGUAGAGUAGGUGAAGUAGUUGAAAUGUUAGAACGUAGAUCUGUUGAUAUGUGUUGUGUUCAGGAAGUCAGAUGGAGAGGAGCUUCAGUGAGAUUUGUGGAAGGUAGAAGGGCAAUGUAUAAGCUUUUUGGGAUCGGUAAUAGUGAUUGAUAUGGAGGAGUUGGCAUAUUCGUUGCAGAGAAAUGGGUAGAAAAAGUAAUAGAUGUUAUGCGUGUUAAUAGUCGUAUUAUAGUGAUAAAGUUUUUGAUAGGUAAUAGGAUUAUCACUUUUCUGUCAGUUUAUGCUCCACAGUGUGGACUCAGUGAGGAAGAUAAAGAUACAUUUUAUGAUGAGUUAAUAGCAGUCACAUCAAAUUUUGGAGACACUGAACUUGUCAUGGUGGGCGGCGACUUUAAUGGUCAUGUUGGGAAGUCAUCUGAAGGUUAUAGAGGUGUGCAUGGAGGCUAUGGAUUUGGGAGCAGAAAUAAGGAAGGGGAGAGAUUGCUUGAGUUUGGAAUGGCAACGGACAUGGUGGUUUGCAACACAUCAUUCAGUAAGAGACAGAGUAGGCUGAUAACAUAUGAGUCAGGUGGUUGUAAGACACAGAUAGAUUACUUCCUGAUUAGAAAGUCAGACAAGAAAGUGGUGAAGGACGUGAAAGUUAUAUCGGGGGUAGAGUGUGUUUCCCAGCAUAGGUUGCUGGUUUGUGAUAUUAUCUUGAAGAGUGUUAAAGAAGCCAAGGGAAAGUACUGGCCCCGUCAAAAAGUCUGGAAGCUGAAGGAAGAGAUUGUAGCAAGACAAUUUAGUGCAAAAGUUCAGCAGUUAGCCCACAAUGGUCAUUGUGAUAGUGACAAUGUUGAAAGUACUUGGACUACUUUGAAGAAUUGUCUUCUAGAAGCUUCUGAUGAUACCUGUGGGUGGACGAAAGGACCAGCUAGAUAUAGACAGACCUGGUGGUGGAAUAAUAAGGUUGACCAGUGUAUAAAGGAAAAGAGGAAACUUUGGAAAGAGUGGAAGUCAGGUGGUAGUAAAAAUAUUUACUUAGAAGCUAAGCGUCGCGCUCGUACAGCAGUGUAUAAGGCAAAAUCAGAAGCAGAGAGAAACAGAUUUGCAGAUUGUUAA